UGCUCUGGGGACCGUUGAUUUGUAAGGGGAGGCAGAUCUGUAUGAAAACGAAUGAUAGGAGGCAGCCAGUGACCAUUGGAAGUGUCCCAGGGCAGACAGGCUCUUGCUGCUGACAUCACUGUGCACUCAUUAGCAUUCAGCGCAGGCAGGCGCUGCAACAAGCUCUGCUGCUUCUGGCACAGCCCUGCAAGCUGACAAUCACUCCUGGAGUAUUUCCUUUGCUAGAUCUUGGACUCUCCACUGCUGCUGCUGCUGCUACAAAGGGUCAAUAGAGGAAGACAGGACUCUGAGCACUGUGUGUGCUGGAUUUUGUGUGGACAUACACUGGGAAGAAGACAGGGGGGAGAACUGGAAAGGGAUUUUCUGAAAGGCAAAGAAUAAAAGGACUAGCCAGAGAGGGCAGGAAUCACACUUGUCCUGCUGAUGGCUUCCAUAGCAGUUUUCUUCCCAGCCAAGAGCCUGCCUGGUGUGUGGGUCUGUUCUAAAGGGCUUUGACAAAAGCUUUGCUGCUCAUUUCAGCGCAAGUGACUCCCAAUGUCUGUCAAGCUCUCAGCUGAACAGAGCAGCAGCAGGCAGCAUGGAACAGAGAACUAGCAGCCUCUGAGGGGCUACAAGCUAUUUCCUCCAGCUGGGGAUUGUUUGUACUGCUGCUGGGAAGAUCUGUCUGCAUUGUAAGUGCUCUCGGGAGGAGCACAGUGCCACCGCGAUGCCUCUAGAGAUGGAGAAAACUAUGAACAAGUUGAUGUUUGACUUUCAGAGGAACUCGACGUCUGACGACGAUUCUGGCUGUGCUCUUGAAGAAUACGCCUGGAUUCCUCCUGGGCUUAAACCAGAACAGGUUCACCAGUACUAUAGCUGUUUGCCCGAUGAUAAAGUCCCCUAUGUAAAUAGUCCUGGUGAGAAGUCCAGAAUCAAACAACUCCUACAUCAGUUGCCUCCUCAUGAUAACGAAGUUCGCUACUGCAAUUCUCUGGAUGAGGAGGAAAAGCGGGAGCUGAAGCUGUUUAGCAACCAAAGAAAGCGAGAGAAUUUGGGGAGAGGAAAUGUCAGGCCAUUCCCGGUGACCAUGACAGGAGCCAUCUGCGAGCAGUGCGGAGGACAGAUCAAUGGAGGGGACAUAGCCGUGUUUGCAUCAAGGGCCGGGCAUGGCAUUUGUUGGCAUCCUCAAUGCUUUGUUUGCACCAUAUGUAACGAGCUGCUGGUCGACCUGAUCUACUUUUAUCAGGACGGGAAGAUCUAUUGUGGCCGACACCACGCCGAGUGCUUGAAGCCUCGGUGUGCAGCCUGUGACGAGAUUAUUUUUGCAGAUGAAUGUACAGAGGCAGAAGGAAGACACUGGCAUAUGAAACAUUUUUGUUGCUUUGAAUGUGAAACUGUACUCGGCGGCCAGAGGUACAUUAUGAAAGAAGGACGUCCGUACUGCUGUAACUGCUUUGAGUCCCUGUAUGCAGAGUAUUGCGACACCUGUGCUCAGCAUAUAGGUAUUGACCAGGGGCAGAUGACAUAUGAUGGCCAGCACUGGCAUGCAACAGAGAACUGUUUCUGUUGUGCCCACUGUAAAAAAUCACUACUUGGACGUCCUUUCCUGCCCAAGCAGGGGCAGAUAUUCUGCUCAAGAGCAUGCAGUGUGGGAGAAGAUCCCAAUGGCUCAGACUCUUCGGACUCUGCCUUUCAGAACGCCAGGGCAAAGGAAUCCCGGCGUAGUGCUAAGAUUGGCAAGAAUAAAGCCAAGCUAGAAGACAACAACAUGAACCAAUUACAUGUAGCUUCUAAUAGACUUUCAACAGACGUUGACCCUCUCUCUUUGCAGAUGGAUUUGCUAAGCGUAUCAAGUCAAAACCCGAGCCUGAAUCGAGAUCAGCUGUGGCGAGGCAGAGAUCAUUACGUUAAAAAGAUAGAGAGGAGCCAAUCCCAGAGUCCUCUGCAGCUUCUCAGCCAAUGUAACAUAAGGACUUCAUACAGUCCUGGACAAGGGGCAGGUGCCCAGGCAGACAUGUGGGCCAAGCAUUUCAGCAACCAAAAAAGAAGCCUCUCAAUGAUGGGGCAUAGCGAGAGCUUCUCUCAAGAUGGCAGGGAGGAUUACUACCAAGGCAGACUAAGGCCACAGGAAAGUUUUAGCGAUACGUCUAGUCACAGCUUUAAUGAAGCAAGGUCAAGUCUAAAGGUUCCGGAAGGCAAAAAUAUGAAUUCGCAGCAAUGUCGAACAAGGCAUCCAAUCAAUGCACUUAAAUUCACAGAAGGGUUAACUCCGACAGAACAAACUCCUAGAGGUUCAAUGGAGUCUCUUGCACUGUCCAAUGCAACAGGUGCAUCUAUGGAUGGGGGUCCCAAACGUCAGGAACAUCUCUCUCGCUUUUCAAUGCCAGAUUUGAGCAAAGAUUCUGGAAUGAAUGUUUCGGAAAAACUGAGCAACAUGGGGACGCUCAACUCUUCUUCACAGUUCCGCAGUGUGGAGUCUGUCCGGAGUCUCCUAUCUGCACAACAGUAUCAAGAUAUGACCCAUAACCUUGGUGAUCUGGCCAACCCUGUCAAAUACAGGGACCUGCCUCCCCAUGCAAGAAUGCACCAAUCAUUUCAGUUUGACAAUGGCAUGACUCCAAUGUCUGCCCAGGGUAAUCUGAAAAUGACACCUAUGAGUGAAAGGACGAGGAGAAGAACUCAGUCGCGAGAUAAUGAUCAACAAUAUCGGCACCACCGGCCAAGGAAGUCUAGACGUUCUCGUUCUGACAAUGCUCUCCAUCUGGCUACCGAGCAGUGCAGUAAAAUGAAAGAAAAACCGCUCUUGAGGGCCAGAGAGGAUUACGAGCGGUUUAUGCAACAAAGAGGAGGACGAGAGCAGAUGGAUGAGGUCGUCAGAAGAGAAAUGUACAACCGGUAUCAAAGGACUGCCUCUGAUCUUGCUCUACAAAACCACCUCUGUGACCGGUGGGGUCCACAGAUGAAUGAAUACGAUUGGUGCUCCACCUGCUCAUCCUCUUCAGAGUCAGACAAUGAAGGAUAUUUCUUAGGAGAACCAAUUCCGCAACCUACCCGCUUGAGAUACGUGACCAGCGAGGACCUUAUCCAUCAGUACGGCCAAUGCUCCGGCGGCAUACCCAAGUCUUCCACUCUGGGUGGCCGAGGACAGUUGCAUAGCAGGAAAAGGAGGAAGAGCAAAAAUUGCAUUAUUUCCUAGUGUUGGCUCCCAGAACUCCGGUUUUACCAUGUAAAUUACCUAUCCCUGUGGCCUGGUCCAUAUUUUGAACAUCCUUGUUUUAUAGCAAAGGGGAAUGAAGACCAUGUAUGUCCCACUCGUGCUGACUGUGUGCAAUCUGAGACUGAAUUAUAGAUUUGGUAAAUAGUUAUAAUUGUUGAUAUAGUGAAUAUUGGGUUUUAUUGCACAUUUCACUUUAUUUCCUCAAUAGUUCUGUCCGCCAAAAAAAAAAUUCAAAAAUACUGCCUUGCUUUUGUUCCAACCAGGGAUUAUGCCCUAGUUAUGAAUGUAUGCCGUACCCAGACGUACAGUACGCUGCUUGAGCUCAUCCCCGUACUGCAGACUCUGCGUUAGUUACUUUUUAGUUAGUUUUUUCGCCUUCUCAUACUUUGCAAAGUAUUUUAAUUCUCAGACAAUGCUAACGUUUUAAGUUAUUUAAGCACUCAUUGUAAAUGGAAUGUAAAUGAAAGUUCUGAUAAACUAUUUUUGUAUUUUGUAAUAUCAAACUGAGUCUAUAUGUUUUAGAAACAUAGAUAUAACGGAUCUGCAUGCCCAGCUCAUAAACGUCUGGUUGGUUUGAAUUCCAACUGCUGUUUCCUUCUGUAGACUGUGUGAUUUAUACCUUUCUAACCAUGUCUGGUUACCACUUUCAGAUUCAAUGGUCAAGCAAUAGUACAAUGAAUACUCUUCUUUACUCCAUCCAGAAAGAGUUUUGUUUGGCAGACAUGAUCUGUCAAAGCAAGCACCUUACCGAAAUAGCUUUUCUUUUCCUUUAAAGUAUACAAUAAUGCAGCAAAGUUAAAUUCAGGCAAAUUUAGAAACUUAUAUACCAAAGUUUGUGCGCAUUCUUUUCCCAGUGUUUGAUGUGGUCAUCAUGUACAAAUACAUAAGCUAGGUUGAUAAGCAGUGAGGAUUUACAUCAACUGUCCACCACUUUAUCUGAUCAGAAGCCACUUUUUUAUCCUAGCUUUGUUCAAAAAGUUCAGUAAAUUAUGCAAUAAUACUGAAUUUUCCCCCAAUUCAAUGGGUUUCAAUGAUGUCCAGAAUCGGACUAGCAGCUAUUGGAUCUGCUGCCAGUCCACAUAUGGCGGGACAAUGUUUAGAGCCACAUGUAACUACAAUUGGCAUCCUUGAUGGAUUGUGAUGUCAGCGAUGCUGAUUGUAUGUGAGGGAGCAGAGGGCAGGGUGCCUCUAAACACUGUCCCGGUAUACACGGAAUGGCAGUGGAUCCCACCAAUACACCGGUGAGCCAGCUCGAUUCUGCGGAUGUCUAUAGUGGUCUACCAGUGGUCUCCUUGCUUCUUUUGCAGCUUACCUGUCUUAAUUCCAGCAGUGAUGUCCAUGCUCCUCGUCACAAACUUCCCAUUCAUGGGAAAAAGAAGUUCAGCAAUGUGGACACUCUUAUCUGUUUGCUCCAACAGAGUCAGGCCUUUGUUCAAAGAAUGCAUCCUUGAAAUGUUGAAAACACUGGUGGAACCUGUUAAAUUAGGGGGAGUGCCAGAUUUCUGGAUAAAAAGUAUUCAGUAUUAUUGACAAACCUAUGUAACACAGCAGUUUUCACUUUCAAGUGGAGUUGUCCUUUAAUGCUACUAAAAUGUGGGACCCUUAUCCCCAUAUCUCUCUUGUAAGUCUAGGGAUCCUCAUGAUAAGGAAGACCAGUAGGUUCUCUGCCUAUAAACAUCCGAAAAUCUAUUUUUAUGUCUGCUCAUUUAUCCCAAGUUAUAUUGCCAAAUCUGACUAUACUAAAGAUAAUAUUUAGUUAUCUCGUUCAUCUAAUACUGUAGAGAAUAAAUAUGGAUUUCACUUUUAAAAAAAUGCAGCUGUGCGUGUAUUGACAAUCCGGGCUAGAAUCUAUUUAAUAUAGAAGGAAAUAAAAUCAGACACCUUUAUCGCAACCUGUGGCCAAUUAAAUUUAUCAUUGGCCAUGGGUAGGGUGCAUAUGCUUCGAGCCCCCAAUCCAUAUACUAUAUCAUGUGUGAUCAAUAAAACACUCCGUUUAUUAUAUUCACUCCAGAACACUCAUAAAUCUUCGUUAGAACACAACACCCGCACACAUUUAGUUUACAAAACAAGCCUCAAGUAUUUUGCAAUAAAUAUCAAGAACAUCUGCCCAACAUCUGACCAAGUUUAUUAGGAUAAACAUCAGUCCCUCACGCCACACUCGCUUCUUCAUCUCUUGUUCAAGUUGUACUUGCACCACUGAGUUUAAAAGAGGAAGGAUGGGUUUUUACCAGUAUUAUCCCCAGGCCCAGGGUAACUGCCCAAGUGCCUUAUCUGCCUCUGACGGCACGAAAUUAGUUUCAUAUGCACAUACCUCCUUAUAAUCUUGAAAGAUUAGAGCAUAGUUCUCACAAGACACACCUCUCAUUGCUUAGACGCAACAAGGAUUCUCCCAGGAAAUGCUUGCAGAUCGCUAGACCAUGGUCAUUUUACCUAUAACAAAAACAAAGAUGUUGUAGUAUGUAUACAAAGCCAUAUAAAUGCAUCUAGACAGCGCAGAUGUGCAAUGGGAGAGGUUUCCCAGAGACUGACCUCUCCGAGAGUUCCUGCAGCAACUGUGAACGUUUACCAAACUUACUAGGAACUGCAAAUCGAGAAACAACUGCUGUCUAGCAUGCCAGGUCCCGUUCUUAACGAGCUCAUUCCUAAGGCUUGGAUUUCUCCCAAGUUCAACAUGCACUUGAUCCAUAGCGUAUUCAGAGGUUACUCAUUACCCACAUUUACAGCAACCUUGUGGAACCAAACCCCAAUAUAGGAUAUCAUGACAUUUAUGUACAGUAGUUUUACAAUGUUGACUUUCAAGUGGUUGUUUAAAAGCUGAAAUUGCAAAUGGUGCCGUUCUGUUUAAUCUGCAUCAACUCGUGAAUUGUUCUAUGCUCUGUGACUUGAGAUAUUUAAUCUGCUUUCAUUUACUGUAAGAGUGAAUGGAUCAUCGCUGCUUUGUACAUGGGAUCUUCCCUGUCUCACCCCGCAGGGGCCAGAACAAGCAUCGGGAGUAUUUUGUGCAUAGUUGUACUGAACUCACGCGUUUUGCUUUCUAUGCUUUUAACUGCAUAUCUUGUGUUAUCUGCAAGGUGUUCAACAUCAUUUGCUGUUCAGAUUUAAAUAUUAAAACAUAGUGUCCUUGAUAAAACCAA